UUCACCGACGGUUCGGUGGGCGAGCGGUUGGUCGGUACGGUCGAGGAGAGUGAAACGUGACAUUGUGACACUCGUUCGAGCGGUGAAGCAACUGGUGAAAACGCACGAAUUCGUUCGCGAGUGAUAAAAAAAAAAUGAUAGCGACGGUUAUUGGGGGAUGAUAUUCGUCGUUUUGUGGUGACAAAUCGUGUUGUUUUUUUUUUAAGCACUUUAGGGAUAAUAUUUGGAAGUUUUAAUUGAAAAGAUGGUGGGCAUAAAAAUCGUGGACGAAUACCUCAACAGGAGUUUCUACAAAUUGGGUCUGGUGGUGGGCAAACAUCCCGGCUACUUCAUCAUUGUCCCAGUUUUAAUCACUUUACUGGGAAUAACCGGAUACCAAAGAAUGCAUAACAAUAUCGAUCCGGAAUACCUGUUUAGUCCGAUUAAUGGACAAGGGAAAAUGGAGAGGGCCAUAGUCGAAGAGUAUUUUAAGGUUAAUUAUACCAGUAGGUUCAACGUUGCUAGAAUUACUAGAGCAGGUAGAUUCGGUCGUGUGAUAAUAACAUCCAAAGAUGGUAACAAGAACAUGCUUCGCACCAGCGUAUGGCAGGAAAUGCGCGAACUGGACAAUCUGAUACAAAAUAUGACGGUGGAAUACGAGGGAGAAUAUUUCAAUUAUAGCAGCAUCUGUGCCAAAUGGAUGGACGAGUGUUUCUUUAAUGAUAUUUUAAAUUUGGAGUAUGGUAUGGACCAGAUUGAAUCAGGCGAAUGGCAAUUGACGUUUCCUCUAACCGUGAACAUCAUGACUCUGGAUGUGCACGCACUGCCAGUUUUCUUUGGAGGAACCGAAGUGACCGAGGACGGGUUCGUGAAGAGCGUCCCGUCGGUGCAGCUGGUCUAUUUCGGGAAUGCUGAUACCAAAAAAAUCGACACUCUUGGUGCCGCGUGGGAAGAUGCUUUUCUUGAUCUCAUAGAGAGAGUGCAGGAUAAAGAAAAAAGGUUUAAGCACAUCAGGAUUGCCAGGUUUUCCUCUAGGACACUGGAUCAUGAACUGGAGAAGAACACUCGUUCUGUGGUGCCCUAUUUUACUUCGACUUUUUUGAUUAUGGCCAUAUUUUCUGUAGUGACUUGUAUGAUGACUGAUUGGGUAAGAUCCAAACCGUGGCUGGGCCUAUUGGGGAAUCUGAGUGCUGCCAUGGCCACGCUGUGCGCCUUCGGGUUUUGCAUGUACGCGGGGGUCGAUUUUAUCGGAAUUAAUUUGGCCGCACCCUUUUUGAUGAUCGGUAUUGGCAUUGAUGACACGUUUGUAAUGUUGGCAGCAUGGAGAAGAACCUCCAUAAAGUCCCCGGUUCCGGAACGGAUGGCGCAGAUGUUAAGCGAGGCGGCGGUUUCCAUUACGAUAACGUCGGUUACGGAUUUUUUCAGUUUCUUGAUCGGGAUUUUCAGUCCGUUUCCUUCCGUCACCAUUUUCUGCAUCUAUUCCGGUGCCGCCACGGUACUUUUAUUCGUUUGGCAUUUGACGUUUUUCGCCGCAUGCGUCGCCAUUUCCGGUUACUGCGAGCAGAAGAACCUUCACUCAGUGUUUUGUUUCAAGGUGCAGCCUUUAUCAAAAUCAGAGGACAGAUGUUGGCUCUACAGAGCGUUCUGCAGUGGCGGAGUGAACCCCGACGACGUAGACAACCCAAAAGAUAAUAAAGAGCAUGGAGUUAUGGUAUUCUUUAGAGAUUAUUUCUCCGCGUUCUUAAGUAACGGCUUCGUGAAAGUCUUGGUGAUUCUGAUAUUCGGCCUCUAUUUGGUGGGAGCCGGUUACGGGAUCACCAAAAUCGAAGAGGGAUUAGAACGGAGGAAAGUUGCCAAAAAUGGGUCGUAUGCCAUCGAGUUCUUCGAUCGGGAGGACGAUUAUUAUCGAGAGUUUCCUUAUAGGGUACAAGUGAUCGUGGCAGGUGAAUACGACUAUUCGGACCCAAAAGUUCAACAAGAAGUAGAGAAACUGACUCAAACUUUCGAAAACACCUCAUACAUCACGAACAUUUACACCGAAUCGUGGUUAAGAGACUUCUUAAAAUACGUGGAAAGAAACUCUGAAGAUUUCAAUACCCCGAUCAACACUACAAAAGGUUUUAUGGAUGCCCUAGAAGAACGUGAAUGGCUUAAUCCAUCGAGCUCCUACUCACUGGACGUCAAGUUCGAUGAGAAACACGAAAAAAUCAUCGCGAUGCGGUUCCUCAUUCAAGCGGUCAAUAUCUCUGGAACAGAACACGAAAAGGAAAUGGUCAGGGCACUCAGGAAGAUUUGCGAAGAUUCACCCCUCAAUGCCACAGUGUUUCAUCCAUAUUUUGUAUUUUUUGACCAGUUUGAACUAGUGCGUCCGUUAACGAUCCAGAACAUAGUCAUAGGUGGUGCGAUCAUGAUGAUCGUGUCAUUCAUAUUCAUCCCGAACGUUUUCUGUGCCUUUUGGGUGGCCUUUAGUAUCGUGUCCAUCGAAGCCGGUGUAGUGGGUUACAUGGCCCUAUGGAAAGUCAACCUGGACUCGAUUUCCAUGAUUAAUCUGAUCAUGUGUAUCGGGUUCAGUGUGGACUUUACGGCCCAUAUUUGUUACGCCUACAUGUCCUCUCCGAAGAAGACCUCCAAAGGGAAGAUGAGGGAGGCGCUGUAUGCUUUGGGAUUGCCUAUUUUCCAAGGUUCCGUAAGCACCAUCCUCGGUAUGCUCGCCCUAAUCCUCGCCAACAACUACAUCUUCGCCGUCUUCUUCAAGAUGAUCUUCCUGGUGGUUUUCCUGGGAGCAAUGCACGGACUGUUCCUGUUACCGGUGCUCCUCUCCCUCUUUGGACCGGGUUCCUGUAGUGGCUCCAACAGCGAGGAAGAAGAAGACGAAGACCCGAAAUUGUCUCAGGUGCAAAAAUCUCUGCCGCAUCCCUACUGUAUUCCCCGUUUCACUUUGAACGGGAAUAACAGUCCGAAACCGCACGGGGAGUAUUUGAGGAAACCGUAUGGGGAUAUGAACGAUAAGGACCUGGGGUUGGGUACGUCGGAGGAGAACUCGAGCGAAUCCUCCACUCACUCCCGUAAGAAACCGGGAGUCGAGAUGCAAACUGAGGCGGAGAAACGGUACAGGGAGGCGUGGAGGAGGGCUAUGGACGUGGACAAGCAACGACCUCCUCAAAUCGACAUUUACGGCUCGGUGGAGUUUUAUAGGAGGAAAAACGAGGAGUUCGAGCCUACCGAGUUUCAUAGUUACCAGCGGAGGAGGAUGUUUCCUGCUGACGACGAUGAACUGGUGAGGUCUGGUUCGCACCACAAUAUUUUACAUCCCAAGUAUUUGAAAGAGUCGAGGUUUCCUUGAGGUUUAUAAUGAAAUGUACAGGGUGAAUUUAUGUAUGCGCUAUAUAUAAGUUUGUAUUCUUCAGGAGAGGUUCACUGUUCUUUACCCUCCGCUAGUCAAUGGUUUGUUUUUAAAGUAAUACUAAAGAGAUUUAUGCCUGGCCAGAGACUACAAAAAUUCGUAGGCGUUUCAAUUAUUUAAAUGCAAAAAUUGCAUUAAAUGGAGAAAUUAGGUGGCACUGCAAAGCCGCUGGACACACACAAGUCGUUAUAUUACAAAUUUUUGAAAUAGUACAGAAUUAUAUUAACAUUUUGUACAAUUUGUCAACUACUUUUAAAUUUUUUAAUUUAAAAUAUAUGGAAUAUAUGGAAGAAUUGUGUAGUGGUGCGUGGCCUUUUCAGUACAACUUUUUAAAUGACUCAAACAUUCGAUCAAUAAGUUGUACUGUUUAAGACUCGGUUUUUUAUUAAAAUUGUACUAAAAGUGCCCUUAGGCGUAGCUACAGGCCCCGCACCACUAAGCAAUUUCUUAAGUGUUUAUAGUUAAUUCCAAAAAUUGCAUUAAAUAAAGAAAUUACGUGGCACUGCGAGGCCUCUAAACACCCACAAGGUUUUUUUAAUACAAAUUUUCUAAAUAGUACAAAAUCAUAUUAACAUUUUGUACAAUUUGUCACCUAUUUUUAAAUUGGAAAUUGUACUUAAAAUGCCCAGUAAUUUCUAAAGAGUUUCUAUUUAAAUGCAAAAAUUACUUUAUAUGGAAGAAUUGUGUAGUGAUGCAAAUGUGUAAUGAUGCCUCUGACCAUGCACAAGACGUUUUUAGAUCAAACUUUUAAUUAGUACCAACAUUCUAUUAGAAAUUUGUACCGCUUAUUUUGAUUAAAAAAUUGUACUCAAAACGCUCUUAUGCACGGCUUAGGCCUCAUAUCACGAAGAAAUUUCUAAUGUGUUUUAAUGUAAAUACAAAAUUUGCAUUAAUUUAAGAAAUUUUUUAAAUAGUACAAAUAUUCUAUCAAUAAAUUGUACUGUUUAUGACUCAGUUUUCUAUUAAAAUUGUACUAAAAUCAAUGUGUGUGCAUCACUAAGCAUCACUAAGCAAUUUUCUAAUGUAUUUUAUUGUAAAUACAAAAUGUUCGUUGGAAUCACUAAGCAAGUUCUUUAAUGUUUACAUUCAAGUGCAAAAAUUGUCUUUUAAAUUGUACAUUUUAAAAAGCAAUAUGUCGGUGGUACAGUCAUAGAUUUUGAAGAAUUUAAAAGCAUGUACCAAAAACCGUGACAAAAGUCGUUUUUAGUAUGUACUAAAAUAUUACGCCCUUAAGAUAUUUUAAAAUUGUUUCCAUUUAAAUAUGAAAAAGUGUGAUAAUGGAAAAACGAACGAUCUAAACAUUAUUUACCUAUAUAACCAAAAAAUGAUUUUUCUAAAUUGUACUAAAAACCCCAUUCGCAACACUUUUCAAUUUUCGCUGUUUAAAUAGAUAGUGCGUCAUUCGCAAUAUAUUUUUAGUAUAAUUUUAAAUGCAACCCAUUGACUAGUUAAGGAUUAAGAAUGUUAAUAAUAGAACUUGAUACAGUUUAAAAAGUUGUACUAAAGCCAUUUCAUGCUUGGUCAAAUACAACGUUCCCUAGUAGUAAAUUGUUCAAGACACCAAGUAGAUUAACAUUAAAAAUGGGUCAAGUUUUAGUUUAAAAAAUUAUACUUUGUAAAUAUUUUUUCUACAUACUUUUUUUCCUAAAUAGGUUUUUACAAAUACAAGGCUGGUAUCUGUAUAUUAGAGAAUGUUUUGUUUUUUAAUAUUAUAACUAUUUAGGUGCGAUUUGCUCAUUAUACAUUGAUAGAAAACACUGAAAAUAUUUGUGAAUGAAUAUUAGUUGUUGUUCUUUUACGUAGAUAAAAGCAAUAAGAUGUAUGUGAUAUUUAUAGUGAAAUGUUUAGGAGUAAGUUACGAAAGGAUAUUUUUUUAUGACGAGGAAAAAUAAACGAAUAAACGAUC